GGUAAAAUUCAAUUUAUCUUCUCAUGGUUUGUGCCUUAAGCAGAUGAUCUUCCUAUCAUUUAGAAAUAUGCACAUUACUCCUCUGUGGUUAUGGACUAAAUAUGCACAUCACUCUAUGUUAUUCACUAAUACUGCUAUUGCCUCUAAUGUUGCUGCUUCCAAUGCUACUACCUCUAGUGCUGAUGCAGCCUCCACUGCUGGUCCAGCCUCUACUGUUGCUGCCUCAACUGCUGUUGCCUCCACUGCUGGUCAAGCCUUAAUUGCUGGUGCAGCUUGCACUGUUGGUCAUAAGAGUGGUGCAGUUGGGAGAUGUUCUGGGAAUGGUGUCGUUGACAAGUAUAUCCAACUUGUUCAACCUGCUAGAAAUGUGCACAAAACAAGUAUAUCCAACUUAUUGGAUAGAAUUAGGGCUAAGAAAAUGUCAUAA